AGACGGGCCAGAACAACAGUAAGGACAGUGACAGCGAGAGCGUGAGCGGGGAGUCCAAGCCGUCCGUCAGGAGUAGCUCCAGAGACAGGCUGACAGACUGUGACAGUGAGACUGACCAGGAGGACAAGGCGUCCGAUGCCAGCUCAGAGAAAUUCUUCAGAACCGCCGCAGGUAAAGUUCCAGAUUUCAGCGUUGAUGCGCUCUCCUCCACCAAUGGCAGCCAGGAGCCUUGCGGCCCGGCCCUCCCCAAGGUGUCAGGCCUAGAGCGGAGUCAGGAGAAGAGCCAGGAGAGCUGCCGGGACGUCCAGCCUCCUGCGCCCAGCGGCCCCAAGCAGCCUCCACCCCCCCAGGCCCGAGCGGCCGCCCGCUCCCUGCCUCUGGCCCUACCCCCCGGCCCCCAGAUCCAGCCCUCUCCCCCGCGGCUGGCCCAGAGCCAGGCCCAGGCCCACCUGCCCCCACGCUCCGAGGCUCUCCUCAGGCCUCAGACCCCCGCAGCCCUGCCUCUCGCCCAGGGCCACGAGCCCUCGCAGGCCCACCCUCCGCGGCCCCAGCACCAGCCUGAGAAAGCCCAUCCCCGGCCUCCACCCACACCCAACCUCCACCCCCACCACCCUCCAUCUCCAGUUCUACAAACCCACCACAAUCACCACCCCAGCCAGGCCGGUCCCCACCGGCCCCCCUCCCACUGCCACCCUCGUCCGCUGUCUACCUACAAUAGCAACCUCACCCUCAACGGGCACAGUAGUAGGAGCAGUACACCUGGCAAGCCCCCCCACGGCCCGCAGGCUCCGCCCCCACACCUACACCACCCUCCCGCCCUCCGCCGCCGCCGGCUUCCCCCUGCCCCUCCGGCCAACCAGAACGCUCCCCACGGCUUCCCUCAGGCCCUGCAGUCUUCGCCACACCCACAUCACCCCAAUAUGUUUGCGCCUCCAGCGGCCUUGCCCCCACCACCGCCACUGACGUCUAGUACCCUGCCGGUCCCUGGACACCCUGCCGCUGGGAGUGCCUACUCAGAACAAGACCUGUUGCGUCAGGAACUCAACACUCGCUUCCUGGCCUCCCAGAGUGCAGAUCGCGGUGCCUCCCUGGGCCCGCCCCCAUACCUGCGCACAGAGUUCCACCAGCACCAGCAUCAGCACCAGCACCAACACACCCACCAGCACACCCACCAGCACACCUUCACCCCCUUCCCCCACGCCAUCAUGCCCACCCCUGCACCGCCCAUGGUGCGUACCCCAGCCAGAAAUUUUGAAAAAUACCCGACAAAAGUCGACCCCUUCUACAGACACAGCCUGUUCCACUCCUACCCCCCUGCCGUGUCCGGCAUUCCCCCGGUCAUCCCGCCCACUGGACCCUUCGGCUCGCUGCAGGGGGCCUUUCAGCCUAAGACCUCCAAUCCUCUGGAUGUAGCUUCCAGACCCGGCGCUGUCCCACACACACUCUUACAAAAGGACCCCAGGCUAACGGAUCCGUUUCGGCCCAUUCUCAGGAAACCAGGGAAGUGGUGUGCCAUGCAUGUGCACAUAGCCUGGCAGAUCUACCACCACCAACAGAAAGUAAAGCAGCAGAUGCAGGUCGACCCUCAUAAGCUGGACUUCGGCCUCAAGCCAGAGUUCUUCAGCCGGCCCCCGGGCCCCAGCCUCUUUGGUGCGAUCCACCACCCCCACGAUUUGGCACGCCCCGCCACGCUCUUCUCAGCUGGAGGGCCGACACACCCUUCGGCAGGACCCUUCGGUCACCCCUCCCACCACCCCGGAAACUUCCUCACCCCCGCCCCUCACCUGGAGCCGUUCAGCAGGCCUCCCUCCUUCGGCGGCCUGGCGGCGCUCGGCUCGGCCGCGUUCGGGGGGCUGGGGAACCCGGCACUAAAAUCCCUAACAGCGCCCAACUCCAUGUUCGGCCAUAAAGACAACCCCAACGCACAGCAGCACUUCGGCAACAACCACGAGCCGUGGAACCGGCUGCAUCGCACGCCGCCCUCCUUCCCCACGCCGCCGCCCUGGCUCAAGCCCGGGGACUCGGAGAGGAGCACCUCGGUCAGCUCCCACGAGAGAGACCGCGACUCGGACAAGAGAGACUCCUCCUCCGUCACCAAGGACGACAAGGACAGGGACACGGAGAAGCGCCACUCCAGCCACCCGUCCCCAGUGCCCAUCAACCCCCUCACCCUGCUGGGCCACGGACGGCCCCAGGAGCCCCCCCGGAACCACCUUCCCCCCGGUGACAACCCCAGGGACAAGGACGGCAAGGCCAAAGACAGGGAGCGCGAGCACUCGGAGUCCUGGAAGGAGGGCCGCAGCCCGUCGGACGAGCACAAGCUCAAGGAGAACCACCACGGCGACAAGGACACGCCCGUCAUCCUGGACGGGCGGGUGUCCGAGAACAAGACCCCCAACCGGGGGGGGACGUCCCCCUACAUCCGUCAGACCAGUCUGGAGCGUCCCAACGGGGGCCUUGGCGUCUCGGAGAAGAAGGGGGAGCCGACCUACGAGCACCACAAGAAGAACAACGGCAACGAGGUGAAGGUGAAGGAGGAGAGAAAGGAGGAGCAGGACAGCCCCCCGGACAGACCCUCCGAGCACCCACCCCAGGUGCCCCCCACACCCACCCUCCACCCGCCCUCCUCCAUGCCUAUGCCCAUGGGCAUGGCUGGCGUCCACCCCAUGAACGCCAUCAGUGGCUUGGAGAGGACUCGAAUGGUGGCGCCCUUCAUGGGCAUCAGCCCCAUCCCGGGAGCCGAGAGGUUCCCCUACCCGGCCUUCCACUGGGACCCCAUGAGGGACCCCUACAGGGGCCUGGACAUCCACAGAAGGGACCCUCUGGGCCGCGACCUGCUGCUGAGGAACGACCCCCUGCACAGGCUGGCGGGGCCCCGGCUGUACGAGGCCGAGCGGUCCUACCGGGACCGGGAGCCCCAUGACUUUAACCGCGACCACCCGCACCCCCUGGUGCUGGAGCAGAGGAGGGAGCACGAGCGCGCCCACCUGGAGGAGAGGGAGCGGCUGCAGAUGCUCCGGGAGGACUACGAGCACGGCCGCCUCCACCCCAUGCACCACCACGCCCUGGACGGCCACCUGCCUCACCCCCACCAUGCCCUCAUGGCCCCCGGACUACCCAGCAUGCACUACCCCCGGGUCAGCCCCUCGGCUGCCGCCGGUAUGGCAGCUGCCGCCGCUGCCGCCGCUGCCGCCCACCAGAACGGCAUCCUCAACAAGACCCCGCCCACGGCCUCCCUGAGCGCCCCGCCCCCUCUGAUACCCACUCACGGCGCCAGACCGGGCUCUCCCAGACGGACUACGCCCCUGGGCACAGACAUCAGGGACAGGCCCAACUCACACACCCACAAGGACAUUGAGGCACGGUGAGGAGAGCUUGGGCUGUCACUCCGGACUAGACUGCCCCCACCCCCCCCCCCCACCCAGCAGCCCUGUGCCUCAACUCAUAGUGCACUUACCCUUGGGCGAACCAGACUCCAACAUAGCUGUGAAUAACAGAUAUGGGCGCGCGCACACACACACACACACACACACACACACACACACACCAUGAGUUGUUUUUUUUGUACAAAAAGGGACAAAAGGAUGGGGACAAAAAAAUGAGAUUUUACACACCUUUUUCCAGUUGGCUCCUGCUUUUGUGUGUAUUCUUUCUCUUGUUCGGUGAAGUGGUCUGGAGUAAGCUGAAGGUCUGUAGAAAAGUUGAAAUGAGAUGAAAGCCCCCAUAGAGACAAUAUUGGAAUGUACAGGUACUUCAAUGAGAGAGGGGAAGCGUGUAGAUAUGUGUACAGUCGAAUUGCUCACUCCUUACGGGGGAAAAAGAAAAAAAAAUCAUGGUACAAAUAUGCAAAAGGGUGUUUUUGAAAGCUUUACUUUGAACAAAUGUAAAUAGAGGACUGUUGAGGAACAGGUGCAGAAUGUGCUUCUGGCAGAUCAGUUUUCGCUUGCUGCAGCAGAACAAGA